GCCGAGAAGGCUAGGAUUAGAAUCAAUAAAAUAUGACCUCUAGUAGUACACCUUCUACCUGAAGUCUGAGUGAUGAGCUCGUCUACAAGUAGACCUUCUACAGCCUCCUUCUCCAUGAUGAAGGACCAGGGUAGAAGUGCAGCAGUGGCGACCGCUUUGCGGAUGUUAGUGGGUGAUGGAUUCGAGGAGGACUGGAACUUGUGGCGUGUAUGGGAUGCUCUACACAAGAACGAAGGUGAUGUAGUAGAUGAUAAUGAAGAAGAAGAUCAUGAUCUUCAUGAUGUUCAUGUUCUUGAUGAUGAAGACGUUGUUGACGAAAGGACUCUGCGGGAACUCUUUGCAUACUUUGCACUGAAGGAGCAAGAAAAUUGCGUCAAAGAAUGCUCGAACCAGGAGAAUGCUUUGUUUGCCGAAUUGGGCUUGCUCAUAGGCGGACAGCAAACUCUAGCAGGACCUGCGCUCUGGGAAUUUCUGGAAACCUCUACAACCUCUGCAACAAAAAACGAAGAUGACGAGGAUUUCGUUGAAGAUGAUGGAGAUCAACGUGCUCAUGCAGCAGCUUAUUUGUGGCCAGAAGGAGUACAACGAGAAGAUUGGAGAAGUACUGAAGAUGAGCCCACGAGAACAGAAAUUCCUCAGGAGUCUUCGACGAGGCAAGCUCUGAGGCCCCUUGCUGCGCAGAACCAGUCCGGUGCCACAGAGCCUGUGCCUAUAAUCGUGUCACCACGAAGAUCUCUAGGAGAGGGAGUCUUGGCCACGGAUGAAGCGGAUUAUCGAAAGCCUUUCAUAGUCGCCUCUCGUCAAGAGGACGCGUUGCAGAGGACGCGUUGGAGCAGUUCUUGCGAGUCCAGUUGUGACAAAAAUGAUCCACUUCUGGAGUUUUGGAACAGUGUGGCAGCCUGGACCGAUCCGGCAGGAGUGGGAUCGCGCUAUGUUUCGGUCGAGGCAACGACGGCCGGCGACGUCCUAUGUCUGUUGCAGCUGCGUGAGUAUGUCGCUGAAGAACUACUCACAAGAAACAGAAACAAUACCGCCACUUCCACCAGAAAACAGGUUCAUGGAGAUGAAGAAGUGGCUUCUCCUCAGGACCGUAACUCCUUUUUUCGCAGCGGUCCGAAACGGGUAUACAUUUACGGCGGCCGCUUUUUCCGAACGCUCGAAGGCGCACUGACUGCGCGAGGCGAAGGAACCUCGGACGUAACGCCGCUGUACUUGGCCCAGUUGCCUGUGGCAGAACACUUCGGGUCGCUGGAUCGACUGGCGACAUCGCUGAGAAAAAGCUACCUUCUUGAAAGCCAGAGAAGAACAAAAGAAAAGUCGACAACAAAAAUCCCCACUGAAAUCGAUGCUGUGAAGAGAAGGCGCGUGUCGAUGUUGGAAGAUCCUACUCCGACGGAAGAUCCAACAGGAGCAGAAGAUUUUCCGAGAGAUUCAAUGAGUAUCCAGACAGGAACCGACCAGGAAAAGAACAAGAACAGAGUUGCAUCUUCAGGUUCUUUGACUUCGUCGACCACGGCUUCAAGACAGCCACAACCACCAUUGUUCGCAUCUUCGUCUAGGUCCUCUACCGCUACUGCCUCUUCCUCAUCAUCUACCCCUAGGUCUAGUGGCAACGAAGCCCCUUCUGGUCACUGCCAUCUUUUUUUGGGUCCUUGUGGGACUGUGACCCCUCUCCACCAAGAUCCGUACGAUAACUGGCUGUGCCAGCUCGCUGGAGCCAAGUAUGUGCGCCUAUACCAUCCGGACUGCAAGGGCGUGAAGCGUUGCCCCGAGAGGAACCACUUUUGCGUAUGGAGUAGCCUGGACGAGCUUGUGGAGAACAUUGACGGUCGUCCAGGUCCUCCACCUUCAGACUGUAAUAGAGAAGCUUCUACUGGUGCUUCUGGGCAUGAUGAAAAUUCUCCACCGGAGGUGGAUACCUGCCUCGAGACCGUUUUGUUGCCUGGGGAUCAACUUUGGAUUCCAAAAGGCUGGUGGCACUACGUCGAAAGCCGAUCAAACGCAGUCUCGUUGUCCUUUUUCAUGUAAUUUAAAAACUGGAGGAGACCCUCCGCCCCUUGACCUUACGCAACCGAACUUGUAAUUGUUAAGCUCCCCAUUCCAUGUCCAUCUUACAUCUAAGUACAUGUUCGCUGACCCUCUAUAGGUUAGUUUUUACCUCUAUAGGCUUAGCCCUUCCAACAAUACAUGUUCGCUGACCCCCCUCCACCGAGUGCUGGCGUUUGUGCUGCAAGAGCUGUCUCCCGGGCAGAUGUGUGUGAGCUGCCGAGAGCUUCAAAGUGAGUGCUGCCGUCUGAAAAUGAAACAUGUGAGUUGUUGUACAAAUCAAAUUUUGGUGGCACUAGAAGGAGCAAGCUUUAAUAUACCUACUUCUAACAAGAAAUCUUCUUCUAUCCGUCGGUCUAUGAAAAUCAAAAUAUGCUUCGGUUGAGGUUUUCUGAAGAGCGGACCCGAAGGUUUAUGAAUUCUCGUGGUACAACAUGUUCUUGAGGUUGUUCGUUGAUUAUACGUGAAGUAAAUGAAUUUGGAUAAUAUUUUUGUGCCAGUUCCUUUCCUACAACUUACUAUCUAGAAUCAAUGUAGUCUGUAGAAACAACAUCAGCUGCUCGUCUACUUCGUCUUUCUUCAGAGAAGGUACCAGGAACAACUUUUUUGUGGUUGGUUCUAAACUUAGAAGGUGGAUGAGGUCAACAGAAGGGGUUUUUUAUGCUUCAUCCCUCCUGUUGAUGUUUAAGCAUGUUUAAGCAUGUGUGUGAAAUCGAGAAAUAUAUCUUCUGAGCAUAGUCUGAGCAUAAUCCAGGCGCAUGGGUCAGUUUCGCGCUUCUGUUUCUAACUUCCUCCCCCCUGUUGACAACAUCCACCUUGUAAGGUGAUUCAAAGGUGGGUGAAGUCAGUGUGAGGGAUGGAGUCAACGUGUUUCUGUUUGUUCACAUGACACAGUUGAUUCAAACAGUUGCUCCUGGCACAUCAGGGUAGGAACUGAUUUUUAGCUCCCGAGCAUUGUCAGAGCAUGUUGGCAUCGACGACCUGGUGCCUUCCGGAAGCUUGGAGAUCGGACUGUAUGCUCUACAGUUCGGUUUUGCCUAGCCACAUGUUGAAGUAGAUGACCUUAUCCCUAUCCACAAUCCUUGUAUCAAUCUAAGAUAUAUAAUGCUAACAUUAUGAUGUGGAGGUCGUGAGUAUGCUCCUUAAGAUGUAGAUGACACACACAGGAUACAUCGGCAAGAUGAAGAGCACAGCCGUCACCAUGAUACAACUGACAGAGUUUGAAUUUUUCAAAGACGAAAGUAUAGGGUUCUUCAUAAUGAAACAAGAAAGCUGAUUCUUCACUGCUGCAACAGUUGUGUGAUGGAUGAUGAUGAAGAAGAG